AUGACAUUAGAAUUACCUUCGGAUAUCCCGCUGACCAUUCCUGCAAAUACUAAAAUUUACAAAGAUGAUUGCAUGUAUUCUUUUGAUACACCAGAGAACAAUUUGUUAGGAUUGGAUAUUGAUCUUAAAACAUAUCGGGCUUAUUCUCGAAACAAGGAUUUCAAUUACACCAAACAAAAUUAUGACAAAACGGGGAAUUAUUUGUAUUUGAAUAUCAAAAAAACUUUAAAACCACAAGAAGAAAGAAAUAAAUUAUUGUAUGACGAUAAUGGUGAAAAAUCUCCCAAAAUACAGAAAUUGGAAAUCAAAAAUGUAUCUGAUGAUGAUUACUACAACACUGAAAUAUCCAUUUAUGAUAUCAAAGAUGAUAAAAGUUAUAGUAGAGAUGAAUUGAGUGAUGAGUUCAACAACUUGAUUGAUUUAAUUCUUUCAGCAAACUCUUCUGCCACAGAAGAUGAAAUUAAACAAUGGGAACAAGAAAUUGUUCCUUGUCCUCAUUCAAUUGACGUUGAACAAUUUGAAACUGAUAAUUUGGAUUUGACUAAAUGUAGUCAAUGUGAUUUGCGUGAAAAUCUUUGGAUAUGUUUACAUUGUGGUGCCUUGGGGUGUGGUAGACAACAAUAUGGAUCGACAUUGAAAGGUAAUGGACAUGCUUUAGCUCAUUAUGAGUUAGCUCAACAUCCAGUAGCAAUUAAAUUGGGAUCAUUAUCAGCCGACUCUGAAAGUUGUGAUGCAUAUUGUUAUCAAUGUAAUGACGAAGUCAAAGUGCCCCAUUUGGCAGAGAAAUUACACAAGUUUGGUAUUGAUUUAAAUACUGCAGUAAAAACCGAGAAAUCAUUGAUUGAAUUAAAUAUAGACCAAAAUUUGAAUUGGGAAUUUAAAUUAGAUGGAGUUAAUGGUGAGAGAUUAGAAUCUGUAUAUGGUAAGGGCUUGACGGGUUUACAAAAUUUGGGCAAUUCUUGUUAUAUAAAUUCGGUACUCCAAGCCCUUUACACAUUAAACGGGUAUCAAGAGUAUUUCAAAGACAAAAAGUUCCCUGAUAUAAAUAAUCCUGCAAUUGAUUUAACAAGUCAAUUAAUCAAACUUUACGAUGGGUUACAAAGUGGCAGGUAUUCAGUUCCUGGUUCAUUGAAAGGUGAUGAUUAUCAAUUAGGAAUCAAACCUUCUACAUUUAAAAAUUUGAUUGGUGAAAACCAUCCAGAAUUUAAAACUCAACGACAACAAGAUGCAUUUGAGUUUUUGUUAUAUUUUCUUGACAAAGUGGAUAAUGAAUUGGGAUUGAAACUUAAUGAGGAGCUAAAAUUCUUACUUGGUACUAAAGUUGUCUGUGCCAAUUGUUCUCAUGGCACUUUGUCAAAUGAUUUAGUGGACAAUAUUUCUGUGCCAUUGGAAGCAGAAGUAAUUGGGAAAGAUGAAGAUGGCAAAAAAGCUUAUAAAGAAGUUGAAUUGAUCGAUAGCUUCAAAAAGUAUACCACCAAGGAAGAUAUCGAAGGAUACAAGUGUGAAAAUUGUCAUCAACAACCUGGUUUAGCAAUUAAACUGACAGGGUUCAAGACUUUCCCAUCAACUUUAAUUGUCAAUGUUCAAAGAAUUCAAUUAGAAAAUUGGGCUCCAGUCAAAGUUGAUGUACCAAUUACAAUACCAUAUAAUUUGGAUCUAUCUGAAUUUAAAGCUCCUGUGUUUGAAACUGGGGAAAUUGAAUCUGAACAAAUACAACCAGAGUCGGACAAUAAUAAGUUUGUUCCCAAUGAAGAAGCAAUGACAACCUUAUUAAGUAUGGGUUUCCCAGAACCAAGAUGUAUUAAAAGUUUAUAUCAUACUGGUAAUAGUAAUGCCGAGGAUGCUAUGAAUUGGAUUUUUGCCCAUAUGGACGAUGCCGAUAUAGAUGAUCCAUUCAAUCCAAAUGAUUCUCAUGGUGGUGCCUCUACUACUACUACUGAUGAUUCCGGUCCUUCACAAGAUUUGAUAGACAAUGUAGCUGCUAUGGGAUUUUCUACACAAUUGGCAAAGAAAGCGUUGGUAUUGAACAAUAAUGAUAUAAGUGCUGCUGUUGAAUGGUUAUUUGCUAAUCCAGACGAUGAUGGAAUUCUUGAAGACAACAACCAGAGUGGUCCAGUUGUCAAUGUUAAGCAAGAAAAAUCAGAGUUAAUAACAAGAUUAAAUGCAGAUACUCAAUCAAAUGGUAAAUACGAGUUACAAUCAGUUAUAUGUCACAAGGGUACAUCCCCACAUACUGGUCAUUAUGUUGUUUUUAUCAAAAAACUUAUUGAUAAUGAAUACAAAUGGGUAUUGUUUAAUGACGAAAAAGUUGUGGUUUGUGAUGAUGCCAAUUUACAAGAUAUAAAGAAUAAUGCUUAUGUCUAUGUAUUUAGAAAGGUAGAGUAG